AUGGAUCAGCAUUGCAGAAGGGGUCACCCAUUAAUCCGGCGCUCUCAUGGCGACCUAUUUAUCGCACCUGCGAAAGCUCAAGCUGCAGCGUGCGCCGGGUUCUCUCUCCGGCGCACCGCAGCCGUCGCCUACGCAAGACAAUCACGCGGUCGUGAGGUUAGUUCCGGAUUAUCCCGUUGCACGCCUCUCAGGCAACUCUACGACAUUGUGUCGAGGAAAUCGAUUGAUGAGGUGAUUCUGAGUCAGUUCCUCAAACUGUUUUCUGAGGGGUUUUGUUGGUCUUCGGCGACAGAACAGGAGGUUCGCGACUGUAGGAACGCGCUCGUCGACCUCGUAGUAGCGGACAAUACUUUGGUCACUGCGGUGGUACAUGAGUUAGUGCUGCGCUUUCGUUGCGUCAGCGAGGAUGGCGCUAAGAUCGACCUUUGCGGUCGGGUGUUUGACAGCUUGGUGGACCUGAAAAAGUGCUUGCGCCAGAUCCUGAUAGAUAGCCCCUCUGAUGUCUGCCUUGAGGGCGACGAUCUGUCGUUGUUGCUUUCGGUGUUGCGUAACCAUCCGCAAUGCCGCAAUGCGAUGGACGCCGUAGAUGGCGUGUUCCCAUCGGUGCACUUGAAUCCCAAAUACCAUGGUUUGCGUUGUUUCUUUUACCGUCGAAAGGACGGGCAGUGCGUCGAUUUCAGCUACGCGCGCUGCGCAGAUUACGUGAAACCAAGGGCGGCUCGAUACCAUGAAAACUUGUGUCAAGUGAUCAUUGAGCUGUGCCGACUCUUUCCGAGCGUAGUUGGCGCCGUUGCCGACUCCUUAGAACUAGUUUACCCGCAUUACAACUUGGGCAUUGAGCAGCACAUUUCGGUGUCGCGCUGCCUGCUCAUUAUAGCGCGCAAUGUGCACCCGCUUCGUGGCGUGGUGUACCGUCUGCUUUUCAAGAAGAUGACCAUCAUCGACGCCGAGAUCAAGGUGUCCGACCCCACGUCCUUCUGCGAGGGGAAAAUGGGGUCGGUGCGCAGCGACUCGCUGAAGGAGAUGGCUGAGAAGUUGCGCAGUGGCGAGCUCGACGUCGGCGACGCCAAGAAUCAGAUUGACUGCCGCGAGUGGUUAAGGCAGAUGCAGGAUUUCCGUACAGACGAGGACUUCGACGAAAUGACCCAGAAGCUGGACAGCUUGAUGACUGUUGUGUUUGACGAGCUACAUGAUGUGCUAAUGAGUAAUUUGAACACCGUUGCAAGUGAAAAUGGAACCACGCACUUGCACUCCAGUGACGCUGACAGCAACUAUGUGGAGGAUCAGGCACAUUCUUCCUCUUCCGACUCUGAAAGCGACUCCGAUGAGGAGGCUACGCAGCCGGAACCAACGGCGUACAUGGGAGCUGUGGGCCGUAUUAAGCAGGAGUUUGAUGAUGGAGGUCAUCAGGCGAGGCGACCCCGCUCCGCUCUUGUGGAUGGAGGCGAUAACACUGCGGUGAAAUCCGAGCAUAACGGCAACAACGUCACCAUGGUCUCCGACAUCAUCAUGUCGGAGCUCUUUGACAUAUUCGAGGACAUCAUCUUGCCAACACACAACUGCAAAUACGUGCAGUUCGUCUACAUGUACGUCAUAUCGUUUUGCACCCAAUGGACGCAUCUGUUUCUCCAGCGGCUGUUGCUGAUCCUCUACGACGAAGAGGCUCAUUCUGUGCGCCGAAAGGUGGCUGCAAGCUAUAUCGCUUCUAUCGUCUGUCGUGCCAACUUCAUAGAUGGCCAGCUGGUAUGCAGCAUUGUCUACUACCUGUUUUCUAUGUUGGCAAAGUUUGACUACUUGUUGGCUCAAUGCUCUGACUCGUUUGUAUCUAGUAUCGGGUCAGACACCACUCCAAGAUCGCGUAACAGAUUUGGAGAGUCCAUGACAUCCAGGUCCACUGCCCAACUCAAGCGCUUCUACUCGUUGCAGCAAGAUCUGCUCCAUAUAGUCGGAUAUCACGGGGGCACUAUAGGCAUGUCGCCUCGUUGUGUCCGUUAUCUGCAGGAGGGCAAGAACUCGCUUUGCGCCUUCCUUGACAGUCGGCUGCACCCCAUAGGCCACGUUCAGGAGAAGAUCAUUGACGACGCCAUCGCCGCAACCUCUAUAGUGCCAAAUCUUCGUAAGUUACACAUAUCUCUGGUUCGGGCUAAGGAGGCGCUAUUUAGCAACGAUUCAUCCUGCCUCAAAGGUUUCUCUCUGAAGUCGGUGGAGAAGCGGUACCCGUUCGGCUCAUUCACGCUCUACCACUCCGGAUCGUUCAUCCGUGAAAAGUACCGCAUGAGCACCUACUUUGAAUCGCAACGCGAUGCUGUCACCGGCAGCAUCAAGGCUGAACCGGAUGAACUUAUGGUAAAGCAUGAAGCGUCGACCAACCGCAUCGACGAACCGGCUACCUUGCAAUUGAACGUGAUUUCAGCUGCGCCAAUUACUGCAACUGCCGCAGUGAAAGCGUAUGAAUCAGUUUCUACUUCAUCAUCGAAUGUUAAGAGAGAAAGUGAAUGCGCAACUUCCAAUGCAAGCUAUGGCUGCGAGCAGGCAAGGGAUGAACCCGUCAAAUCGGAUGUCGUAAUGCAUUCUUAUCCAUCGUCCCCAGAUGCAAACUCGGUACCAUUGCGUAUUGUCGCGAACACAAAUGCAAGUUCAUCAAUAAAGGAUGGUGGUGUCUCUUUUGUGGACAGCUACGAGCGCAAGCCAGAGCAAUCGCUCACCGAGAGUGUGGCCUCAGUUGCAGACGCCAUCAAGGAUAGGCUGAAAAAGAAACACCCCAGACCCUGGCAAUCAUUACCCGCUGAAGUUGAGCCCGAUUACGAUUUCUGGGGCUUCAACUACGCCACACAGAGUUCAUGCGCCAGCGACGGUGAUGAGGACACUUCUAUGACGGGCGGUUACAAGAAAUUGAAGAGUGAAACGGCUUUCCAAUUCGGAGAACACAAUUCCUCCGCCGCUCCCACUACCACCAACCGUCACGAAAGCAGUGACAACAACGAUCUGAUCGUUAUCGGCAUAGACCAGCUUGACGACUUCGAGCUUUCGCUCUCCAGCUCCAUUCUCGUGAACGCUCCGCGCCGUGGCUCCACCCGGAUAUUCGACAUGUUGACGUCUACGGCGGCGUACAAGUCCGCCAUUAUCAACUCAGCGACUACGAAGAACAGCCACAAGCAAUCCCGUGUUACGUAA